AAAGAGAAGCUUCUGACGUCAUACGAAAAGACGAGUGUUAUUUUUACCCUCGUCUAAGGGCAAGAAAGAAGAACGCAUUACACACACUCACACAUGCAUACACACACAUCGGAUAGUGAUGAUUUUUCUACACCUAGUUUCACAUUGAUAGAAAAAAAAGAAAAAAGAAGGAAAGAAGGAAAGAAAGAAAGAAAGAAAGAUUUCAAGGCAGAAUGAUCGUGUCAUUCGGAAGAACAUUACCCACGCCCGUUGCUUGCAAAGUUUGCGGUGAUCGUUCUUAUGGGAAACAUUAUGGUGUUUAUUGCUGCGAUGGUUGUUCGUGUUUCUUCAAAAGAUCCGUUCGUCGUGGUACACUCUUCACUUGUAUCGCGAGUACGGGAACUUGUGCUGUUGAUAAAACGCGAAGGAAUUGGUGCCCACACUGUCGAUUGAAGAAAUGCUUUUCCGUCGGCAUGAACACGGCAGCCGUUCAAGAGGAGAGAGGACCACGUAUACGAAAUCGAACAAUUUCAUCAUCGAACAACAACUCUGACGCUAUUUGGAAAUCGAAAAACAAUGCAAAUGACUCUUGUAAAAGACAUUUGAAUACGUUUGAAAUUCCACUAAUAUUUAAAACGAACACGAUGAGUACAUCCAUAAAAUCGUUUUACGAGCCACGAAGAGACAACGAAGCAUUGCUUCCUGCAAUCCUACGACACGUGCAAUCUCCGAGAAUCAUUGCACCUGGUGAUGCCAUUCGGUAUGAAAUAUCGGCGCAAAUAUUUCUCGCUACGAUACGUGGUGCUCGACGACACCGUGAUUUUUCGAUGCUCGAUAUCGAAGAACAAAAUAUAAUUCUUCGAAAAACAUGGUCAGCGGUGUUCGUUUUACGUGCAGCUACUUGGCCCUUCGAUCUGACGAAUCUUGGUACUACAAAUGCAACAGGAAACGAAAAUGCUUUCGCUUCUUUACAAUCAGCACGUAAUACAAUUUCCAAUUUGCGUCUAGAUGAUACUGAACUCUCCAUUUUGGAGACCUUCGUUUUAUGUCGACCCGAAAUCGCUCGAACUUCGGAUGGUGUUCGAUUAAUAAUGAAAGCGAGGGAAUCAGCAGUGGAUACUUUCAUCAGUCAUCUUCGAAAACAAGGCGAUCAUGGUCAUAGAUUGACACAAAUUAUGUUUCUAUUACCUAUCCUUACUAGUUGCUGUCCCGGAGAAUUAUCUAAUGACUUAUUCGCACCUAUAAUUGGUAAUAUAGAUCUCGAAAGAGUUAUAGCAUCGAUACGAUAAUCGAUAAAAUGAUUCUAAUUGAAUUCAAACGUAGAAAAUAAUUUCAAUAUUUGA